AUGAGCUCCAAACAACAACUCUUGUCUCCAGAUCCUCCGUUACGUGUGGCGUGCGUGGGAGGCGGUCAAUUGGGUCGCAUGAUGGCGUUGGAAGCGCCUCGAUUGGGGAUUGCCAUGACAUUUCUCGAUCCCGGUGGCAUUCAAUGUCCGUGUGCCCAAAUUGUCCCGCACGAUCGCAUUGUAAAGGGCGGGCUCAAGGAUGCCGAUCAAUUGCGUGCCAUUGCGCAAAACUGCGAUGUACUCACGGUGGAAAUUGAACACGUCGGUGUGGAAAUAUUGCAAGAGUUGGAAACGUCGGGUGUCAAUGUCCAACCAUCGGCCCGAGUCUUGACCAUUAUCCGGGACAAGUACUUGCAAAAACAACAUUUUGCUAGUCAUGGAGUGCCAUUGCCACCUUUUCAAGUCACUUCCUCUGUCCAGGAAAUUCAACAAGCGGCUACCACUUUGGGAUUGCCACUCAUGCUCAAAACACGCAAGGGAGGAUACGAUGGACGUGGCAAUGCCGUACUGGAGUCCAACACGGAACAAGCCAUUCAGGAAGCCAUUCAAAAAUUAAUGCCAACAUCCGAUCAACAACAACCACAACCACAAGAAAACUUGGAUAUUUACGCCGAAGGAUGGAUCGAUUAUCAAUGCGAAGUCGCCGUCAUGGUGGUCCGAUCCAGUAAUGGACAAGACACGGUCUCGUAUCCCGCCGUCAAUGCCAUUCAACAAGAUUCCAUUUGUCGAUUGGUACUCGUACCAGUGCGGAACGUAUCCAUGGAUGUACGACAAGAAUGCGAACGAGUCGCCAAACAAGCCAUUGAUAGUCUCGGGCAAGGUGCUUCGGGCAUGUUUGGUGUCGAAUUAUUCGUCACCCAACAGGGGCAAGUCCUACUCAAUGAAAUUGCGCCACGGCCUCAUAAUACCGGACAUUAUACACAAGAUGCCUGUGCCAUUAGUCAAUUUGAAAAUCAUUUACGAGGCAUUUGUGGCAUGCCCCUGGGGACUACCAAACUCAUUACCGAAGCGGCCGCCAUGGUCAAUGUACUUGGAGCCAAAUCGGGAACCAUGGCAGAUACAUUGAAAUCGUCCAAUCGAGCCAUGUCCUUGCCCGGGGCCGUCGUACAUUGGUAUGGCAAAGCGGGCUGUCGUGCCGGACGGAAGAUGGGACACAUUAAUGUUGUUGGUGAUUCCCAGGAACAGGUCGAUGCCGUUUUGGAAGAAUUACUCGCAUUGGAAGGUGUUCCAGUUUCCCUCAUGCCCGGUGGAAAACUGCAUGGUUCGCCUUUAGUGGGUGUCAUUAUGGGGUCGCAGUCCGAUUUGCCCACGAUGAAUGCGGCCGUCGACAUGUUGAAAAAAUUUGAUGUGCCAUAUGAAGUCGAUAUCGUCAGCGCCCAUCGGACUCCGGAUAAACUCAUGGAUUACAGUCGCUCUGCGGCGGGCCGGGGCAUUCGCGUCAUUAUUGCCGGGGCGGGAGGAGCCGCGCAUUUGCCGGGAAUGGUGGCCGCCAUGACACCUCUCCCCGUGAUUGGAGUCCCCGUCAAGACAUCGACGUUGAGCGGCGUCGAUUCCUUGUACAGCAUUGUCCAAAUGCCACGCGGUGUUCCCGUCGCCACAGUGGCCAUUGGGAAUGCCACGAAUGCGGGUUUGUUGGCGGUGCGCAUUCUGUCGACCAGUCGUCCCACACUACGACAACAAAUGAUGGAGUAUCAACGGGAAAUGAAAGAAAUGGUCAACGACAUGAGUACCAAACUGACAGAUCUGGGCAGUGACGAGUUUUUGCAGCAAAUGGACAACAAAAACAAGGCUGUGAAUGUAUGA